UGAAGCGUCUGAGCCCGCUAAUAGCCACAAAGAGACGUGUAGUUUUGUGAAAAGAGCGAAGCAUUUCCUCAUGUAAUCAGGCUAUUCAAUAGAGAAAAUAGGCUCUGGAUACAGAUCAAAAUGAAUCUCAAUAUAUUUAAAAGUAUUCCAACUCAUCUGGACUAUGAGGGUCAGAAACUUGCAGAGAAGCUCUUCCAUAUCAUCAUAAUAUUUUUUGGAGUCGCUGGUUUCCUGUGGGGCUAUUAUGUAGAGCAGUUUGGCGCUACUGUGAUGAUCUUGAUUGCUGGAUUUGUGGUUAGCUGUUUGGUUGUUCUUCCUCCAUGGCCAUGUUUUAGAAAACACCCUCUUCAAUGGCAAAAGCCACGUCCUGAGAAACAGAAUCCAGAAGCAAAGCGAGAGGAAAGACCAGGAAAAAAGAAGCAGAAAUCAAACUGAAAAGCUCAUACACUUUAUUUAUAAUAGUUUGCUGAGAUAACAUCCACCAGCAUUUUGGUGGGAGUGUUAUAUCAGCACACUCAUGUCACAUCACACUCUGGUCACUUUGUUUGACUAUGAAUCAUAUUAAAGACCUUUUAAAGUUGUGCUAAAGAAAAAUAAAUUAAAUCAAGCUAA